UCCACCUCUCUCUAUCUCACUCCAUCACACACACACACACAAACACACACACUCUUGCUCUAAGAAGAAAAACGACAUUGCAUCCAGUCGACUCUCGGAUUAGCGUCAACAGAACACUAUUCAGCCGCAUGUAAACAAACACACUUUUAAGAAGGAAUCUCACGACCAAUUCUUUAUAUUUUGUAUACCUUUUCUUGGGUUUAGUCACAAGUCGUGAAGUUUUUUUCUAAAGUUCACUGUUCCAUUUUAAAAUGGGACAAAUAAAUAUCUGGAUAAAAGGCGCGUUUAUUACUGUUUGUCUCUUGAUUGGGAUAAUCAGCUCCCUCUUGUUGGCGAUCACCCUAUUUGGACAUGGUUACGCGCACCAGACUGAAGAGAUAGAAGAACUACUCCCAACAAUAUCCGUUGUGUAUGUCAUAGGAGGAGGAACUCUGGCCCUGACAAUCAUUGGGGCCUACGGAGCUUGCAAGAAAAAAAAGUGGGCUGUGUUUCUGGUGAGCUUGCCAGGAUAUUCCAGUAACAAAGUCUCAGUCUGCACUCAAAAGUUUUCUCUAGGUAUGACAGUGGGCAGUCUGUAUCUGUUAGCCGAGUCCAUCAGUGCAUAUCAAAUGAAAGAAGAGAUAAAGGAGGAAAUCAGAGAACAUUACAAAAUCCUGAUGCCACUUACUAACCCGAGUGAAAAAGAUUUAGGAAGGAUACACAAAAUACAGAAUAAUUUCAAAUGCUGUGGGGUUGAAAACGGCUACAAAGACUGGGGUGACGAAAUCCCUAUUUCCUGUCUCUGUUCUGAAGAUAACAGAGCCUUUAAAUGUGUUGAUUCGGGUAACAACACAAGAUUUAUUGUUCACCAUUCCAGCAACAAUAUGUCUGAAGAAGACCAUGGACUAACGAAAGAACAUAGGCUGGUAUAUGCAGAGCCUUGCAUCCCAGUCUUGAUCAAUUCUUUCAACUUCGUAAUCGACUUGAUUUUAGGAAUAUGUUUUGCAGUUACAUUAUUAUGGGCUGUCGGAGCCUCCCUGUCCAUCACAAUACUCUGCCAGAUGAGAAGAAAAUUGAACGUGCCACCAGUGAUGUUUACCUCCAAGGUGUCACAAUACACCCAGCUGUCGGAUCCAGCAGCAAAUGCCUGAAUUGAAAUGGUGCUCUAAUAAAUGGACGGAUAAAAGAUGGAGUAGUAAAAGAUGGAGUGUUACAGUUAUACAUGGCACGCUUGCUUGAUCACCGUUUGCACAAUGCCGCUAACUCAAGCUAACUCAAGCUAAUUCAAGCUAAUUCAAGCUAACUCAAGCUAACUCAAGCUAAUUCAAGCUAACUCAAGCUAACUCAAGCUAAUUCAAGCUAACUCAAGCUAACUCAAGCUAACUCAAGCUAACUGUGGAGAAGGUUCCCCUUCUAUUACAGACAUGGAUUGGUCGGAUGCUCUUUAUCGAGUUGGUACAUGCUAUUUCAAGUGCGGGAAAUAGUUACGGUGGACAGUGAAAUAUAUAAAGUGAUUACGUUUCCUCAGAACUCAAGGAAUGGACUUUGCCUUAUAUUUUAGAUUGAAGUAUUGAGUGUGCAUUCAUAUAUAUAUAUAUAUAUAUAUAUAUAUAUGUAAUGCACUAAUGUGGACAAAACAUGUUUAUAAACCAUGAACCAAAAAUUCUAAAAGAAACGUAUACUAUAAGUUAGUUUCCACCAAUUGAAAUGGAGUAAUUCGGUCUCUUAUUAUCAGUAAGGUAAAUCACUAUAUUGUUAUUACCAGUAUUGGCUAUUAUACAGAUAUAUACAUUAUACAUAUAUAAUACACGUAUAACACAUAUAGUAGUGCAGGUACAGGGAUUAAUGGAGUGUGAUCGGUUAAUACAUACCUUGUCAUCUGGAUAUAAGCAGUAAUGUUAAGGUGUAUUAAACUUUUAUUAUGUUAAUUAUACCUAUUGCGAGAUUUAUGUUAUUGCAUGUACUAAAUGUAAUUUCUGUUUAUUCCUAGAACCACACACUCAAACAGAAACACAUACACGUACAAGCCAAAACAAUGUAAAGGAGUUGUUGUCUUGUGGUGACUAAUAAAGGACAUUAACAAAUACUAUGGUUCGUCCCAAACCAAAAGCUUUGUGACUUUUCACUCUUUUAACCAGGAGUAAAAUAAUAUUUUAUACUAAUUAAUGCUAACUCAACUUAACUCUCGCGAACUCAUGGUGGCUUGUGUUAAACCUGCUAAUCGGUGACAAGGAGUUGGCUGGACAUGUACCGUAUUUUUAUACAACCUUACAUACAGCUAACGCAACCAAUUAAAACUAAGGAUCAAAAUACUGAGUGAGAAAGUGGCAAUAAUUUGACCAUUUGCUCUGGAGACCAUACAAGUGUUUGGAAUGAAGGGACAAGUGUCUGUUCUAGGUUCAUUUUGAUAACCAACAUCCUUGAUUAAUAAUUUCUGUUUGCAUAAUGCAACUGUAUAAUUAAAAUUACUUGCCAUUUUAUUACAGGAAGUCACAUUCAGGACCUCACAGCAAUGGUAUCUGUUCAAAAGGCCUUUGUUCCCAUGUCGUCCUUAUUCAUUUUCUGCCUGCUCUCUCUUUCACUCUUCAUUGAAUUUUGAUAAUUUCCUGUUUCCAUAUCUUCACCCCUGCUAUUUCUGACUCCCUCUGUUCUUCCUCUGUUAUUUGUUCUGCAUUUUCUUGCUUAUGCUCUGCUCCAUCUCUCUUCUUGUUGUCUAUUUUAUUUUUUUACCCUCUCUUUCUUUCAAUAUAAUACAGAAUGACUCAGGUAAUAAAUGGUAUUUUAAAUAGUGGUGAAGUAUUGAUAGACUCAGAAUUGUGUGAUACAUGACUGGUGCCACAUGUCUAUUUACAUAUAACAAUAUUUAACAUUGAUUCAAUAAACUCUACUUUGUUCUAUUCA